UGAAGCCAAGACAUGGUGAGGACAGAUUUGCGUCUGGCACAGUUCCGGAUUUGUGUCAUGGUUUUGUGGUGAUAGGAGCCCCUUCGAAGGUAGACAAAGCUAGAGAAGAGGAAAUAAAUGGCAAUUCACCAGGGUACACGAUGGUUCCGCGCCUUCUUGCCACUGCGACGCCCCUGGCUGUUCUGUCCUGGCUUGCCACCUCCAGGGUCCAAGCCGCCGCAACCGCAGCAACCUCAGCACCGAAAUGCUCAUGGGUGGCACAUGAACUAUCGACGACGAGGGACACAUGCCGGCUUCCAAUCGACAGCCGGGCCACUGCGCCCGAGCACUGGAUGCCAUGGUCAUAUCCCCCUCAUUGCUUCGAGCCCGCGCGCAAAGAGGGCGAUACCACAGCCUAUUGCCUCUUCACAGACACAGCAUUUCGGGGUAGCGGCAUCAGCGUCGUGACGACGCCGGAGCUUGCUGCCAGCCUUACGGGAGGCAUCCUGGACGACGGCGCCGUCCCCGCGUCACAGCGCGACCACCCGUCUAGUCCCAUGUCCCCGGGGAGACACGGUGGAGACGAGCUCGCUUAUGAGAUCCGAGAUCUGCCGGGCAGAGGUAAGGGGGUGGUGGCCACGAGAAGGAUAGGCGCCUGGGAGGUCAUCAUGGUCCAGUUCCCGGCCAUGGUGAUGCAGAUGGACCUCUGGGAGGCCGUGACGUCGCCGAAGCAGUCUCGCCGGCUGCUGAACAAGGCGGUCAGGCAGCUCCCGCCAGAUACGCAGGAGCGUAUCAAAGGCCUCGCCCGCAGCGGCCGGGUUCAGGAUCCGCUGGAGGACGUUUUGAGGACCAACGUGUUUGGGCUGGACCUGAACGGUGUGCUGCACAUGGGACUUUUUGUGGGUGCCUCGAGAAUCAACCACAACUGCAGACCCAAUAUCUUCUGGCGCCACAACGCCAAGACCAUGGCGAUGGAGGUGGUGGCUGUCAGGGACAUCGACGUUGGGGAAGAAAUUACGUACAGCUAUGUGACCCUGGGCAAGCCGCAAAAGAUGCGCCAGGAAGAGCUUUCGGAAUGGGGCUUCGAAUGCGCCUGCGCGCUCUGCAGGGCAGCUCCGGACGAGAGACAAAGGUCCGACGACCGGCGCGCCAGGCUGGCCGAGAUCGGCGAAAGCCUGACCCAGGCCGAGGCGCUUGUGACCGGCGCCGGCGACGACAGCAGCCGGCUGUCGCAGCUGGUGGCCGAGGUGACGGCGCUCAUCGAUGCCGAGCAGCUGUGGCCGCAGCUGGUCGUGUACCACCCGCUGGUCGCGCGCGCGUUCCUCCGGGCCGGUGACGUGACACAGGCCAGACGCCACACGGCGCUGGCCGAGGAGGCGUGGCUCAGGUUCCAGGGCGCGGACCACGACUACGUCGAGGGCCUGCGGGAGCUGUGGCGGGAGGUGCGGGAGGCUGCGUGCGCCAGGGGGGAGGAGGCGGUUGGCUGCUGACGGCCCAGGGCUAGGGCCAGGGAAUCUGCCAAUGCUUCAAACUACAUGAAGCACGGCCGCUAACGACAUGGAAUGGAAUUCGGUGCCGCUGGGCCGGCCUUCAAUGCGAUGCUGUGCUGACCGUGGUGCCACCCUAGACCUAUCAGCCGUCAGAUCCAGGAACCGUGGUGGAGCUGUCGUC